AUGUUCUGCCACGAUGAGAGGUCAGUGAUACUGCGCCAGCGGGCCUUAUCGACUGAGGUCCACCACGAUGCUAACAAGGCACCAUGUAUAUGUACAAAGUGUCAUGUCUUGAUUCGAACCAAUCAAGCAGUGCGCAAUUUGCUCGACACGGAUGGCAAAUGCCGUCCGCGAGCCCUCUAA